CUUCAAAUGGAGCGUUAGACAAGGUUUCGCGGGUCAACGGAGAAGCACAGCCCAUGGAAAAUGGCUCAAAGAAGAAAUGUGCCCCCCCGCGAACAUUUUAAAUCUAAUUGCAAGUCGGAAGACGAUUUAAUGCCGUUGGACCUUUCGUUAAAAACUUCUCUGGUGGCCACGUCGACCAAGUCAAAAAAACCGUUCAAGUUAUUUUGUCAAGUCUGCGCCAAAGGUUUCGAUCGGCCAUCGCUGUUAAAGAGACAUUUAAGAACUCAUACAGGUGAACGUCCACACGCAUGUCCGCAUUGCAAUAAAGCUUUUUCCACGUCCAGCGCUUUGAACACCCACAAACGUAUACACAGUGGAGAAAGACCACAUGCCUGUUCUUUUUGCGGCAAAACUUUCACGGCUAGUUCAAACUUGUAUUACCACCGAAUGACUCAUUAUAAGGAAAAACCCCACAAAUGCAACUUGUGCAAUAAAUCGUAUCCAACGCCAGGGAAUUUACGUAGCCAUAUGUCGUCACAUUCAGGACAGUGGUCACAUCGAUGCGAGAUAUGUGGACGUGGCUUUAGCAAGAAGAUCAACUUGGAGCGUCACAUUAAAUGUCAUAAAUAA